ACAUGGCACUAUUUCUAGGCAUUGUUUGGCUGUGGCGGACUGAGUAGCCGCGGCGGUCCUGGUGAUACACAGGAGCAUUACGGUUUAUAUCGGUAUAUUAACCGCGGUCUAGUGCUUGACAUUAAAAUGUAAUUGGACCACACAGCCGCCCCCGGUGUUUGCGUUAACCCAGUCGACGAAGCUAAGCUAGCAGGGCUGUUGGACAUUUUCCCACGGAUGGAACGGGCUGGGGGGGAGCGGCAGUGUUGUUCUCCAGCGCUGGAGCGGUGUCUCGCGGACCUGGACGACGCGUCGACGAUGACCGAUAGUUCGAGCUGCCGUCUGCGGGCCGACGGGACUUCGCUGUUGACGUUUUAAACGUCGCAUUCCUGGCACGUCGAUGCCAACCGCUGGACGCCAACCUGCUCGCUGAUGUCGGCUCGCCUGGCCAACCCGCUUCUGUUUUAGCCGAGCGGUGUGACCUCCCGAGCCGCAGUUAUUGUUGGCGCAGACCUGCGGGCGCUACGCGGCCAUGACGCUAGGUGUAGCCGCGGGCUUGGGGCUCUGGCAGCAGGCUAACGCAGCGCUCCGCGUCUGCAGCUGAUCCAGGCUUCGCAGAGUCACGUCCACCCGGCUCCUGCACCAUGUAGACGGGCCGUGUUAAUGAGUCAGGUGACCGGGCACCGAGCAGUCGUUCAACUGGGUCACGGACUGACAGCCAGCUGGCGCGGACGCCGUUAAGCUAAGGAUUGAUGCUAGCCAUCAUCAUCAUCAUCAUCAUCAAAGCCGUCUGAUCUGCUGUGAGAUUGCAAACAUCCCAGCCUGCUUGAAGGGCACUUGAAUGCAUCAUCUCCGGCCUCCAUCUCUUAUUUAUACCAGAAAGGCUCACCGGAGCAGCCUGCCAUGAAGUGACUGCAGCCAGAGAGGCAGCAUAACCUCGGUUUUUCCUCCCGGAUAUCCCUCCUCCUCCUCCGCUGAGGAGAGCAGGGCUGCAGGGCAUCCACCUCUCAGCUCAUCCAUUCGCCCCCCCUCACCAUGGAAGCCGUGGGAGACUUCGAGUACAGCAGGAAGGACCUGGUUGGACACGGAGCGUUUGCGGUGGUGUUCAAGGGAAGACACAGAAAGAAAACGGACUGGGAGGUGGCCAUCAAGAGCAUUAAUAAGAAGAACCUGUCCAAGUCCCAGAUCCUCCUGGGAAAGGAAAUCAAGAUCCUGAAGGAACUGCAACAUGAAAACAUUGUGGCUCUUUAUGACGUUCAGGAAACCCCCAACUCUGUUUUCCUGGUCAUGGAGUACUGCAACGGAGGUGAUCUUGCUGACUAUCUGCAAGCUAAAGGGACUCUGAGAGAGGACACCCUGAGGGUUUUCCUCCAGCAGAUUGCUGCUGCCAUGCGCAUUCUCCACAGCAAAGGAAUCAUCCACCGGGACCUGAAACCCCAGAACAUCCUGCUGUCAUAUGCGGGCCGCAAGAAGUCCAACACAAGUGGCAUCCGAAUCAAAAUAGCUGACUUUGGUUUUGCACGAUACCUGCAGAGCAACAUGAUGGCAGCCACUCUCUGUGGCUCUCCAAUGUACAUGGCCCCAGAGGUCAUCAUGUCCCAGAACUAUGACGCCAAGGCAGACCUGUGGAGCAUCGGAACGGUUAUUUAUCAGUGUCUGGUUGGCAAGCCACCCUUCCAGGCUAACAGUCCCCAGGAUUUGAGGAUGUUUUAUGAGAAGAACAAGAAUCUGCAGCCCAUAAUCCCGAGGGAGACGUCUCCUCAACUUGGUGACCUUUUGCUCGGCCUGCUGCAGAGGAAUCAGAAAGACAGGAUGGACUUUGACACUUUUUUCAACCAUCCUUUCUUGGAGCCAUCGUCCACAAUUAAAAAAUCGUGUCCAGUGCCCGUCCCCAGUGUCCCCAACGCUGUGACAGAAGGUUCCUGUAGCUCCUCCCCGUCCAUCCACUACAGCUCUCCUCCUUCUCUUCCGGACAUGCAGACUCUAGCUGAGGACGGUCUGUCAUCCCCUCCACUCGGUCCUCCCAACUUCCUGCAGCUGUCCAAAGAGUCUGCAGGAAGCACCAGCAGCAAGAACUCCUCCUGCGACACUGAUGACUUUGUUCUGGUGCCUCACAUCUCCACUGACAGCUAUGACCACCCAGUUGGAGCAGGCCGCCAGCCGUCCACUGACUUUCUUAUGUGUGGAGGGCAGCCGCAGCCCGCGCAAGGACAGGCUAUGGUGUCCCCGCGGGCAGAAACCACGCCUAUUCCUGUUCCCACCCAGGUGCACAACUACCAGCGCAUCAAGCAGAACCUUUCUAGCAGCCCCAGUUCUGCUCUCUGCAGCUCCCCCAGGUCUGGAACAGUAAGGCGCUCCAACACAAGUCCUAUGGGCUUCCCAAAGGUGGGCUCAGGGUCUCCCAGCUCAGCAGAUGGCACUCAGACAGCGGGCCGGCGCCUCUCUACAGGCAGCUCUCGGCCCUAUUCCCCCUCACCUCUUGUGGGUACCAUCCCUGAGCAGCUCGGUCACUGCUGCUGCCACAUGCAGAACCAGGAGCCUCGCAUCCGCAGCUCUUCAGGAGGUUCCCCGAUUCCUUCUUCUCAGCUUCUGGGCGCUCGGCUCCAAAGCGCUCCGACACUGACAGAGUUCUACCAGACCAGGCAGAAGCUCCAUAAGCAACUGUCUGACCCUGUGCAGCCUUCCUCCUGCUCCUCCUCAUCCUCCUGCUGUCACUCCCCUCAGCUUGGCCGCCCGGCCAACCUUGGCUCCUCCCCCACCAAGUUGUUGGGUUCCUCCCCACGAACGUCUGACUGGCUUCAGAAGUCCCCACUUCCAACAAUCAUUGGUUCCCCUACCAAGACCAUUUCUGCACCGUUCAAGAUCCCCAAAACGCAGGCGUCGUGUAACCUGAUGGCCCUGGCCGAUAGCCCGCUUCCCAACAAGACGCCGCCGGAUUGUCGGGACGUCUGCAGCCAUCAUUGCAGCCCGUAUCUCACAGGACGGGCCGCUGCGCCAGAGGCCAGCAGAACCUUUGGCAGAUCCGUCAGCACAGGUCGUCUGUCUGAGCAACCAAUCAGAAUCACUCUGGGUGGACAAGCCUACCAGGGCAGCACUGACAGCCUGAACGCUGAGCGACCCAUGGACACAGCCCCCAGCAUGGCUCAAGGAAGAUCAGCAAGCCCCCGUACUGUCCUUUUCACCGUGGGCUCGCCACCCAGCAGCAGCACGCCGCCUACCUGCAGCCACUUGGGCGCCCGACCUCGCACCACUUCCGUGGGCUCCAGCAGCUCGGCCGGUUCCCUGUGCUCCACCAGUGGUCGCGUGUGCAUGGGCUCUCCCCCGGGCAUGGCGUUGGGCUGUUCUCCACCAGGAAGUUUGGGCGUUGGGCAGGCUGUUCCCGGAGCAGACGGAGGACCCAGCAGCCUGCGCUACAUUCCCUAUGGGACCUCUCCUCCCAGCAUGGAAGGAUUCAUCACGUUUGAGGCCCCAGAGCUGCCAGAAGAGACCCUGAUGGAGCGUGAGCACACAGACACCCUGAUGCACCUUCGAAUGAUGCUCUCCUUCACCGACUGCAUUCUUGAGAUGGCCGCAGUCCGAGCUGGGGGGGCCGACCUUGGCAUGUCGGCGGCCUCCCUCUACCCCCCUCCGGACAGCGUGGUCGUGGACCAGAUCAGCCAGCUCAGUAAAGAGUGGGGGCAGGUGGAGCAGUUGGUGCUCUACAUGAAGGCAGCUCAGCUCCUUGCUUCCUCUCUCCAUCUGGCAAGGGCUCAGAUCAAGUCUGCCAAACUGAAUCCAUCUACUGCUGUCAAACAAGUGGUCAAGAGUUUGAAUGAGCGCUACAAAAGCUGCAUUGCCUUCUGUCGGCACCUGACGGACAAACUCAACCACUUCUUCUCUGACAAGCAGCGCUUUGUGGAUGAGAUCAACAGCGUGACGGCUGAGAAGCUCAUCUACAACCACGCCGUGGAGAUCGUUCAGUCUGCAGCUCUGGAUGAGAUGUUUAAACAAACGGAGGACAUAGCGUACCGCUACAGCAAGGCUGCUAUGCUGCUGGACGGCCUCUCCAAGAUCCUGCAGGAUCCUGCAGAUACUGAGAACGUGCUCAAAUAUAAAGCCAGCGUGGAGCGCAGGAUUUCCUCUCUGUGCUACUGUACGGUCACGCUGUACGAGUAGCAGGCGGCACCUGAAGCCCACACAGGGACCGUGGAACAGAGGACGGCGCUCUAAGAUUCCUCUCCUGUAGCAGCUCAAGCACUUUUCAUUUGUUUUUUUUGUUUUUUUAUCUGCGUUUGUCAUCAGUUUGUUGUUGUGCGGGCGUUGCUGCCCGACACCUGCGUGAUGCACAUAUUUCCAACCAAAGAUGACAGCAGUUCAAGAGGGAACAAAAACAGUUCAAACCAGACGUGGACAUUAAAGCAUUCUUCUAAAGGUGCUUUUUAAUAUGCUCUGAUGGGGGACGUCUCGUUGGCAUGGAAACUCUGGAUAUCGUUGCUUUUCAGCAGGAAAAAGGAGGAUCCACAGCACUGUGAGACGGUGCUGUGGACUCUAAAAAGACUCGUACUCUGGUUGAAGAAACUUUUGAGAUUUGAUCAGUGCUCCUUUACGUUUGUGUAUUUAUUUUUAAGUGAGCGCAGACUAUUCUGCGUUUCAUGAAAACCUCAAGUAUUGCAGAUGAAGGAAAACUGGGGAAAUCCGGUGACUUGCAGCUCAUUACAUUGACUUUGACUUUAAGAAAAAAAGCCAGCUGCUGUUACAUUAACCGGACAGCCAUGAGAGCAGAGGAUCCUGUAGAUUUGUAAUCACUUAGGUUUUUUUUAUGUUUUAAUCUCAAGCACUUUAUUGUGGAAUAGGAGAAGGAGACAGUUGUGGAAAACCAAAACUGUGAAGACGGGGUGGACGGUUUUCUCCUCACUCCUUGAUUCGCCCCUUGCAAACCUGCUUCGCUUACAUGAUCAAUAAGUCACCAGAUCGGAGGACAAAAUGGACUGCAGGGUGUACACAUUCAUUAAAGCUUCUCUCCUUUUUAUUUUUGUAACAGAGCAUCAUUUUGAACACUUUGCUUACGACUUGUUGAUCAUGUAGCUGAUGGAAAGGUGGGUUUCAUGUGUGCGUCCAGACGUCUGGAGGAGAAGCCAGAAGAUGGGCCAAAGCAGCGCCUCCUGCUGCCAGCCGGCUGUCCACUGUAAGCCCUGAUGAAGUGAAACUGAUCUGUCUCAUUACUUGACAAGUUCCAACAAUAAGAUUCAUUUUCCUUACAGAUCUAAUCAAAUGCAGCUUUUUAUCUUUUAUCAGAACUGUAGCUAAUUUCUAAAGAACUAAACUUGGAUGUCUGCAAGCUUGUAUAUAGUUGAAUGAGCAGCAUGUAAUGAUUCCCCUUUUUUGUGGGAGUGUGUGUAUGAGAUCAUUCUGAGGGGCGUUGAUGCCUCUGCCUGUCGGUCAAAGAGCACAAAUCUUUAUAUGUAGAUAGAUGAAUUUAUAUUGGUUUUAUUUGUUUGCCAAGGGUUUGAUAAGAAAAGCGGUCUUUGGCACACCUGGAGCGUGCCGAAGACUGCAACAAAGCUCACAGCAGCUCCACUCUUUCUACCACGACUGUUUGUUGCUGAGAUCACGCUCGUUAGCGCUCGUUUAGGACAUGACCGGCCUGUGAUGUCAUUUCCCCUCCCGCUCUGGAGUCUGAACUCGACCAUCUCCCCUGCCUUGACCGUUCAGUCCCUCCGCCUCACUCUAGUCAUGUGCUGUGUUCUCAACACUGUACUGUGUGUCAGCCAGGCGUGCAUUAAGGUCAGUAGUGUCUAGUUAGUGAUAGAAAAGGAGGUGCCUUCUUCUGAAAGCACACAUAGGCCUACUUCUCUGUACAGGUGUGAAUAUGUUUAUCUGUGUAAAAAGAAAAACUAAGGCGUUUCGGGGCCUAUUCCAGAUGUACUGCUCUUUUUUUCUAAGCAUAUCUCAGUUUUUUUCCCUUGAUUAUUGCAAUGAGCUCUGAUCAACAAAGCCUUUCACUGCACAAACUAAAGAGGAGAAUAAGGUGAUUUAAAAAAAAACCCACCUGAACCGUUGUAUCAUCUUGGACUGUAUUAAAACAUGGACCACUUUAGAUGAAGCAUGGGUAUCAAGUCUGCGAUCUAUCCUGUAGAACCUCUAGAACGUUGAAUGUAUGUACCUUGUGUUGCACCUCUCCAGCUUGAACUGAAUGCAUAUUGAUGAGUCAGUCAAAACCUUUAUUAUACUCUUUCCAAACAAUUUUACAAAGUGAAAUGUUAACGUUCUCCUAGUUUGAUUCCAAGGGGCGUCUCCCUUUGUUAUUGAUGGAACUCAAAUACAGUCUUUGUUGAAAGAAGA